UGUACCUGGGGGGCGGGGCUUAGUCCGCUCCCUGCCGAACCACUGUCAUUCAGGGACUGUCAAACCGGCGGAGACACAACACUGCCAGGUGUAAAGCAAGUUGUGUCAAACAUCAACCAUGGCAUUCAGUAAAGGAUACCGCAUUUAUCACAAGUUGGACCCGCCACCCUACAGCGUGAUUGUGGAAACAAGGAACCGGGAAGAAUGCUUGAUGUUCGAGUCUGGAGCUGUAGCUGUGCUCUCGGCUGCAGAGAAAGAGGCCAUCAAGAACACGUAUACCAAGAUGCUGGAUGCUUAUGGCAUACUGGGGGUUCUUCGUCUUAACUUGGGAGACUCCAUGCUCCACAGCCUUGUCGUAGCAACGGGGUGCAGUUCGGUGGGGAAGGUACAGGAUUCUGAAGUAUUCCGGAUCACAGCUACAGACUUCAUCUCCCUGAAGAAUGACCCGACUGAUGAGGACAAAAUCUCAGAGGUGCGAAAGGUUUUAAACUCUGGGAAUUUUUAUUUUGCCUGGUCCUCCACUGGAGUCAGCCUGGAUCUCAGUCUUAAUGCACACCGCAGGAUCAGAGAAGACACGUCAGACAAUCGCUUCUUCUGGAAUCAGUCCCUGCAUCUGCAUUUGAAGCACUAUGGGGUGAACUGUGAUGACUGGCUUCUGAGGCUGAUGUGUGGCGGAGUGGAGAUCCGCACUAUCUACGCCGGCCACAAGCAAGCCAAAGCCUGUGUUAUCUCCCGCCUCAGCUCAGAGAGGGCUGGCACACGCUUUAAUGUCCGAGGCACCAACGACGAUGGCCAGGUGGCCAACUUUGUGGAGACUGAGCAGGUCAUUUUCCUUGAUGACAAAGUGUCUUCCUUCAUUCAAAUCCGUGGAUCGAUACCUCUGUUCUGGGAGCAGCCAGGUAUACAGGUCGGCUCCCACCGCGUCAAGCUGUCUCGCGGCUUUGAGGCCAACGCUCCGGCUUUUGAGAGGCACUUUACAGCUCUACGACGGCUCUACGGCAAACAGGUGAUCAUUAACCUACUGGGCAUGAAGGAGGGGGAGCACAUGCUCAGCAAAGCCUUCCAGAGUCACCUAAAGGCCUCAGAGCAUUCACAUGCUGUGAAGAUGGUGAACUUUGACUACCACCAGAUGGUCAAAGGAGGAAAGACAGAGAAGCUGAGCACUGUACUGAAACCGCAGAUCAACAAAUUCCUGGAUGAAUGUGGGUUCUUCUAUUAUUCUGCAGAGACUGGAAUUGAAAGAUGCCAGACUGGAACCACUCGAGUCAAUUGUCUAGACUGCUUGGACAGGACAAACAGUGUCCAAGCCUUCUUUGCACUUGAGAUGCUGCCACAGCAACUAGAGGCUAUGGGACUUACAGAGAAGCCCCAGCUGGUAGCACGCUUUCAGGAAGUGUUCCGGACCAUGUGGUCCGUCAAUGGCGACUCUGUCAGCAAGAUCUAUGCUGGCACAGGGGCUCUGGAUGGCAAGGCUAAGACUGGAAAGCUGAAAGAUGGAGCACGUUCGGUCACCCGGACCAUCCAGAACAAUUUCUUUGACAGUUCCAAGCAGGAGGCUAUUGAUAUUCUGAGGCUAGGCAGCACUCUGAACAGUGACCUGGCUGAUAAGGCACGAGCCUUGCUUACCACCAGCAGUCUUUAUGUCUCUGAGCCCAUUUUACAAUCAGCAUCUCCCAGAGUGUUGCUGGGCAUGUGCCAGAACCACCACAAAUACACCAAGCCCAAAAAGAUCCGCGUAUGUGUUGGCACGUGGAACGUGAACGGGGGCAAACAGUUCCGCAGCAUUGCUUUCAGAAACCAGACCCUCAAUGACUGGCUGCUUGAUGCUCCUAAGAUUGCUGGCCACCCCGAGUUCCAGGACAGCAAAGCUACUCAUCCUGUGGAUAUCUUUGCUAUUGGCUUUGAGGAAAUGGUGGAGCUGAAUGCUGGCAACAUUGUUAGUGCAAGCACCACCAAUCAGAAACUGUGGGCAGCAGAACUGCAGAAGAACAUCUCACGGGAUCAUAAGUAUGUGCUGCUGGCCUCUGAGCAGCUGGUGGGGGUCUGUCUCUUUGUCUUCAUUCGGCCUCAGCACGCUCCUUUUAUCAGAGAUGUUGCUGUAGACACUGUUAAGACCGGUAUGGGUGGAGCCACUGGGAACAAAGGAGGAGUAGCAAUACGGAUGCUCUUUCAUACUACAAGUAUCUGUUUCUUGUGCUCACAUUUCGCUGCUGGACAGUCGCAGGUCAAAGAGAGGAAUGACGAUUACGCAGAGAUCACCCGUAAACUAUCAUUCCCCAUGGGUCGUCUGCUGUACUCCCAUGAUUAUGUGUUCUGGUGUGGGGACUUCAACUACCGCAUUAGCAUUCCAAACGAGGAGGUAAAAGAGCUGAUCAGGCAACAGAACUGGGAUGGCCUCAUUGCUGGGGACCAGCUUGUGGAACAGAAGAACGCAGGAUUGGUAUUCAGGGGCUUCAUCGAAGGAAAGCUUGACUUUGCUCCCACUUACAAGUAUGAUCUUUUCUCUGAUGACUAUGACACCAGCGAGAAGUGCCGGACGCCUGCCUGGACUGACCGUGUGCUCUGGAAGAGAAGGAAAUGGAACUUCGACAAAACUGCCGAGGAGUUGGAGCUAAAUGUAGUUGGAGCUCCAGUAAAUGAUGAAGAGCAGUUACCGUGGAGCCCUGGCGAGCUGAAGUACUAUGGAAGAGCAGAGCUCAAGACUUCUGACCACAGGCCAGUAGUAGCAGUCAUAGAUGUGGACAUCCUGGAAGUGGAUCCAGAAGCACGACACCAGGUUUAUAAAGAUGUCAUCGCCCUGCAGGGUCCCCCUGACGGGACCAUCUUGGUCUCACUGUGCAGUUCUGGGCCUGAUGACUACUUUGACGAUGCUCUGAUUGAUGAGCUUCUAGACAAGUUUGCUAACUUUGGAGAAGUCAUCCUGAUCAGAUUUGUGGAAGAAAAGAUGUGGGUGACGUUUUUGGAAGGGUACUCUGCCCUGGCUGCGCUCUCACUGAGUGCCUCCACAGUGUUGGGAAAGACUAUAGAUAUCCGUCUGAAAAGCCCUGGCUGGAUUAAAAGUCUAGAGGAUGAGAUGAGUGUGGAGAGGAUCUGUGGCAGCAUCCCGACUUCCGCCAGCUCGACGUUACUCGCUGAGGACACUGACAUGGGAGAUGAGUUUGACAUGGAAGGUGAUGUAGAGGAGGAGCUUGAGGACAUUCUCCCUCAGCAUCUGCAGCCUGGACUGGGCAUGGGUCCUGGGAUGUCCCCUGCUGCUUCCCCUCGCACCAGCCCUUGCCCCUCUCCCACCCACGGGGAACCUGCUCCUCCCAGCCGACCGAGUAGGGCCCCCCCACGCACAGCUGGACCUCCACAAGGCGGCCUAAGUCCUGCCACAUGUAGGAGGGAUCUGGCAGGUUCUCCUGUGGAAUAUCAGGCAGCAGGACUGGAACCAAAACGCCCGCCUCCUCCACGCCCAAACGCUCCCCCUGCCAGACCUGCACCCCCGCAGCGCCCUCCACCACCCUCCGAAUCGUCUGGUAGGAGAGAAUCAGAAGGCUUUGCAGAGCCUCUAAACAUUUCUGAUUUCAGUGAUAAUGAAGGACAAAAAAGCCCUGCUUUAGCCAGAGCAGAUGCUGCCGGACGAGGCCAACCCACUGGACCUCCGGGCGUCCCAAGGCCGAACAUUCCUCCUAGAGCGGGAGUUAUCAGUGUGCCACCCCAAUCCCGGCCACCUCCUCCUGCUCACCCUGGAGCGCCCAGACCCAUAGCCGAGGUUCACCCGGGUGCCCCUCGCCCUGCCCCAGACAACCACCCAGGAGCCCCAAGACCCAUUCCGGAACCACAGGCCAAACCAUCAGAGCUCCCUCUGGGUCCUCCUUCAGGUCCUCCUCCAUCCAUUCCUGGCCCCAUGAGACCACAGAUGACCUCUCCCAUGCAGCCUCCGGCCACUUCCCCCAUGCAGCCAUCAUUACAGUCCCAGCUCCCUGCACCCAUUCAGCCGCAGCUGCCACCGCCCAUGCUGCCCACAUUAGCUGCCCCACUGCAGCCUCAGCCGGCUGCUGCAGCUGCAGGUGUAGCUCCUCCCCCUCAGCCUGGCUUGGCCUCCCCCAAGCCCCCACCCCGUAGCCGCUCCUCACACGCUCUUCCUCCUGAUGCUGCCACUGCCUCUGGCCCUUCCCCUGCCCCAACUCCUGCACCCACCCCUGACUCUCAGACCAAUGGAAUGAACGGAAUCCAAAGAGAAGCACAAUGGAAACCAGACCCCUUUGACUCGCUCACCUCUGACCUGUUUCCCUCCAAUUCCUGGACGAACACCCAGUCCCUAUCACGGAACGCCUCCCUUCACACCUCAUCUUCCUCUCCUUCUUUUUCCUCCUCCACCUUGCCCAGCUCUGUCUCCUUGGAUUCCAGUUCUCUGUUUUCCUUGCAGAACCCAGCAGCAACUCCAGACCCCAGCGGCUUCACCUCCUUUCUGGCUCCUCCUCCGCCCUCCCGCAGCCGUUCACAAGAAACCCUCCGUGCCUCUCCGAACCCCUUCCUGUCCGACCUCCAGCCCAGGCCCAACAGCACCAAUCCAUUCACUGGCCCCCUGGCCACACCCUUAGCGGCAACUCAGCGCCGCUCCCUCACACCUGACUUUUUUGCUCAGCAGCAGGCCCAGGCGGCUAAGCCAGGCCUUCUCCACAGAACUGGGUCCGCCCUGGGUCAUAGCUCCACCCUUCCUCCCUCCUUUUCCAGGCCUUUAGCUCCAUCUCCAGUUCUAACUCCAGCUUCAGCUCCAGUUUUAGCUCCAGUUUUAGCUCCAGCAUCCGCUCCACCCAAACGUACCCAGCAUUGGGUGACCUUUGACGACGAUUCGGACUUCAGCACAUCAGGAAAAGCUCCAGCAUCGACAGCAUCGACAGCAGUGACUGGGACUGCUCUGCUGUCUUUAUCCUCCACACCAACAUUCCAGCAGCCUCAGUCCCAGAGCAUCUCUGGCUUUGACUCUCUCAGCAACUGGGCUACCACUCCUUCCACCACAGUGUUGGCAUUCCCAACACUGCCCCCUCCCGUCCCAGUCAGGACUAAUCCCAAUGUCACCCCGAGGAACCCUUCCAUCCCUGCCAGAAACAACGAGUUCACAGAAAGAUGAAUAUUACGACGACGAGGAUGAUGAAGAUGUCAAAUGUAAUGCUCUACUGAUGUGUGCGUGGGAAAACUAGUGACAUAUGGGUCUGUAUUUUUUUGUGUAUGGUUUGUAUAGUAGUGUGAUGCUGUUUUCCGCAAAAAAAAAAAAAAGUGUUUGCUUCUUUCAACCCAGGGCACGCCUAUACAACAUCCAGUUCAACACAAUUACAACACUCUGACCUUGAAAAUAAUGGAAUUGAAAUAAUGGUUGGCACAGAGAGACGUGACAUCAUCUGUACGCAUUAAUGAAUACAUAGAUAUGUGCACAUGCAGUGUGCAAAAUACUGUGCAAUACUUCAGCAUACUUUUCUGCAUAUCUCAGCGACAGAUCAUGUGGCACUUAUAAGAAAUUAAGAAGGAAGGUAAGAAUAAAGGUAGGGAGGUGCAAACAAAAAAAAUUGUAUAUGUCCCUUAAUGGGAAAUGAUUAUGUUAGAUCAUUACGUUAGAUCUUGCUAGAUCUUCAGUGGAGACCUCUGUAUCCUGCAACACCUCUUUUAAUGUGACCCUAACAGUUUUAAUUCUAAAGAAAUAAAUGAAUAAAGCUGCAGGAUUCA